AUGAAUUUUGAUUCUAGUUCUUCUACUUCUAGUGAUGAAAUAUACGAUUCCAUGUUGUUAGAUUUUAUUGAGGAAAAUCGACAACAACAAGUGAUAGAGGAUACAGUAAGAUAUGUUGUUAACACCGAUGUACAAGAACAAGAAGUUCAUGAUUCACGACGUGAAAAAAUGUCAAGGUGGAUUGUUCCAAGAGAUCGUGAAGGAGCACAUGAUCGGUUAGUUAUAGACUACUUUAGUGACCAUCCAUUAUACGGCGAUGAAAAGUUACAAACUACUUUAGUGACCAUCCAUUAUACGGCGAUGAAAAAUGCCACAAUGCGACUGGGUGCUUCUGGAAUUCAAAAAUGCACUGCAGCAAUGAGAAUGUUAGCAUAUGGUUGCCCAGCUGAUCAAAUUGAUGAGUAUCUAAAACUUGGGGCAAGUACGGCAAGAGAAUGUCUUAUACACUUUGUUGAUGGAGUGAUUCGUGAAUUCUCAACAGAAUACCUACGGAAGCCAAAAGCCGAAGAUCUUUUUCGUCUCCUUAAACAAGGGGAAGAAAGGGGUUUUCCUGGCAUGAUGGGGAGCAUCGAUUGCAUGCAUUGGGAGUGCAAAAAUUGUCCAGCUGGGUGGAAAGGAAUGUAUCAAGGAAGAUCUAAAAGGGCGACGGUGAUCUUAGAAGCUGUUGUUUCUUGGGAUUUAUGGAUUUGGCAUGCCUUUUUUGGCACGCCAGGGACGUGCAACGAUAUAAACGUUCUUCAACAUUCUCCCGUCUUUGACGAUAUUUUAAAUGGUCGAGCUCCACAAGUUAAUUUCACUGUGAAUGGAAAUACCUAUAACCAAGGAUAUUAUCUCACAUAUGGGAUUUAUCCAAAAUGGGCAACAUUUAUUUCCGCUAUCACCUCCCCACAAACCCCUAAACAGAAGUUGUUUACAAUCAAACAAGAGAGUAUUAGAAAAGAUGUUGAGUGUGCUUUUGGUGUGCUACAAGCUCGAUUUGUAAUAAUUAGACACCCGGCUUUGGCAUGGAGUGUCGAAAUGCUAUGGAAAAUCGUGAUGGCGUGUAUUAUCAUGCACAAUAUGAUUGUAGAAGAUGAGCGCGAUAAUUACAUGAAUUAUUGGGAUCCAACGGAAUUUUCCACCGAACAACCUGAGAAUCUAGCAGGAUCAUCAAGGAGAAGAGCAACAACUUUCACCCUUACCCCUGGGCUUUAUAAAGAUCAAAAUUUAGCUACAAUGAUGGCUACACGAGAAAAUCUUCGUGAUAAACAAAUUAAUACAUCUUUGAAGAAUGAUUUGCUGGAACAUAAUGGGCUAGGUUUGGGAGCACUUUUGUCAACUCACCUUAAAAAUAAAACGUAUUUAUGA